AUGUCUAGCCACGUGAUCUGUGCUGGCAAGAGGAUUGUCUGCAAGAAAGAUUCUUCAAGUCCUUUUAUUUACUUCUCCAUUUGUAUUAUCUGUGCUUUUGGGCUUCUGGCAAAUGGAGUCGUCAUCUGGCUUCUUGGCUUCUGCAUUAAGAGGAAUUCUUUCACCACCUACAUCCUGAACUUGUCGGUUGCCGACUUUGGAGUCCUUAUUUUUCUACUUAACAUGGUUAUAUUAAUUCUUUCAGAAUUGAAUGACGACGUUUACCUUCAUUUUCCAUCAUACAUUGGGUAUAUAUGUACGGGACUCUUUCUGUUGAUGCAAAGCACUGGUCAACUUCUACUGACUGCCAUCAGUAUAGAUAGGUGUGUGGCUGUCCUCUUCCCACUCUGGCAUCAAUGCCACCGACCCCCAUACUGCUCCACCACUGUGUGCACUACCCUGUGGGUCCUCUCCUUCCUGCUCUGUGGAGUUCACAUCAUCCUCGUCAGGGCUGUAGGUUUUAAAUAUUUUUUCCUAUUGCACCCAUUUGUCAUAAAUGCCCUGCUUUGCCUCCCACUCAUGAUUAUCUCCAGUCUGAUCCUGUUCAUCAAAGUCUACUUAAAAUCCCAACAGCAUAAGCGGGGAAGAGUCUUCGGGGCCAUCUUACUUUCUCUCCUCUUCUUCCUUAUUUUUUCUUUUCCAAUAAAUGCCCUUUUCAUCAUUGAUGCUAUUUAUGCUACACAGCUGUGUCUCUUAGAAUAUGGCCUGAUGUCUGCCUCCUUAAACAGCAGUAUUAAUCCAGUGAUAUAUUUUCUGUUAGGGAGACACAAAGGGAGCCGAUGUAGGGAGAGCUUGAAGGUCAUCCUCCAGAGGGUUUUCAAGGAGGAGGAAGACCCUAGAGAGGAACAGGAACCCUCCCAUCAAAUCUAG